UGCUCGGCGACCCGACCUGCGAACAACCCGCACGCGCCCUUACACAGUGUGCCAGUGACCAUGCAUGUGCUAGCCACCAUACUCCUAGCUUACCUCGCGAACGAGGUCCGAGCCGUCAUACGGACGCCCCUGGAAGCCUUCCGACCUUCGGGAGAGAUCCACAUACGCAGACCCGACAAACUCCCGUUCCUGCCGCACAGAAGAACCAUGCAGCAGAAAAGCGGCCUGAGGAUUCUGUAUCAGACAGGCGUUUCAGAGGAGGAUCUACCGGACUGUAGAGCGCGGCAAGUGUGCAGUAGAGUGGAUUUGUACGAUACAACGCAGCCCUGGAUCGAGAGGAAAUGCCGCUGUUUGGGACACAGGCCGUGUUCUAGCGACCUAUCAGCGGACGACAACCACACGCUGGCCGACAAGACCACGCUUUACAAAACGUGCGAGCCCGUGAAGCGGUUACCCAAAUGCCGAUACUUCAAAGAUGCCGCAUGGACCAUAUUCUCGUUACCAGACAGUAACGCCACUCAGCAGAUUGUCAAUUGCCACUGCCCCAAGUCGUCCGUCACGUAUCUGUUGAAGAAGCUGCCGUACACGACACCUAGCGGCGAACAGGGGAAUCAGUACCAGUUCGCGUGCUCGCCGCAAAGCAGGCUGAGGUGUUCCCGAAAAGAGCCGUGCCGGCUAUUCAGCGCGCGCCGUCGUCACGAACAAAUCGACGAAGUGAAUGCAAGCACGAUAUGCCAAUGUCCAAGAGAUCACACGUGUCCUAAACAUCACAUAGAGCCUGGUGUACUGCCCGGCGUCACCUACGUAGCAGAGGACAUCCGCACGUACCACGGCUACUGCAUGCCCGAACCACCGCCCGACACCUACCGAUUCGUAGGCGAUAAAGACUGAAACGCGCCACAAACGACUUGUGAUCACCUUACAACUUCGCGCUUUCUCACACCUGUUCAGUACAAAAUUUUAGGCAAUCGCGAAGACGCUUGUAUCCUACUUCUAGUUAGCAAUUUCGAACGUUAACUGUUCGGAAUAUAUGGUAUUAACUAACGAUAACAAGUAACGUUACUAAUGAGAGCUAACUUAUAUAUUUCUGGCCAGUUUACGCGGACCCAUAGACACUAUGAUGACCUCAGUGUAAAUAUAAACUAAGUCUCGAUAUCGGUAUUACUUAGGUAUUGUUUCUGUUAUGUUUUGUAAAUAAUAAUUUUAAGUGUAAGAAUCAUUCCAAACGUUUAGUUUAAAUUAUUUUUUCAUAUUUUAAUACUUGCCAUACUUACAUAGUUGUUGCGGAUUUGGAUAGAGUUGAAUUAUUUCAUGAAGACGAGGCGGGAUUUUUUUGUUUUAUUAGUAUAACAAUUAAGUUGUUUCAGACUUAAUCUAAAUAGGUACACUAUCAUUUUAAAAUUUUACUUAAUCAAACACACAAUCACACAGUUUUUUUUAUAAGAAUACUGUUAUUAGGUAUUUAUUCAAUUCUAUUUUUUAUUCGUUAAUAUUUGCUUGUGAAUUGUGAUAUACCAACUAGACGGAUAUCGUGAUAUAAUUUUAACAUUUUGAAUGCGAGUCAUGAAUAUAAGUAAUUUUAUUUUUGUGACAACAUCUAUGAAUAAAUGGGCAUGAAAUGUAUCAUCUCGCAUAUAAAAUUUCGUGAAUGAUAUUUAUAUUUGUGUUAUUAUUCUGCCCGCCUCUGUGAGAUGAUAAACUUUUUUCGUAAUAAGACUGUUGCUGUGUUUCCAUGUCUUCCAAACAAAGACAAAUUUGUUUAUUGUGUUUAUUUGCGAUUGUAUGCUGUUUGUGUUAAAAAGCCAUACUUUGGUUAUACAUAUUAAAAUGCGAUUAUACACUAGGCAUUUUAAAGAAUAUGCUUAUAUGAAUAUAGAUUGUUCGGUUGUUUUUUAUUGAAUUUGUGUAUGUAUGCAAUCUUGUCUAGAAUCGCAUUAAUCAUGUAUUUAUGUAAAUAUGAGAAAAGUGUUAAUAAAUGUAUAAUACCGAUGGGCGGUAUGUCUUCCUUGUUUUAUGUAUAGAGUAUAAGUUAAAUUAUUGACACAAAAAGGAUUAAAUGUUUCAAUAUCAUAA